AUUUGGUAGCCUUACGACUGCAUCAAGCAUGUCUCAUCGUAUGCAUAUUAGCGACAACAUGGUGCUUAAAUAAUUGCCCAAAAUAGAAUCUAAAACCAGCUGCACUGGGUAGAUAGACAAUGGCGUUUUUUUCUUGGUAGACAAUACUGUACAGUACUGUAAAGCUCAGGUAGGUGAACUAUCUCGCGUCGUUGUCGUCUCUGUUAAAGCAUUGCGCAUGCGCUGAGCAGUUUUUGUGUCCAAAAUGUUCCGUUGACAGGGUCAUUUUUGGACUUAAGUUCGAUGUCUCUGAUCCGUUAGCCUAGUUAGAAGAGGGAAGGUCCUGUGUAGUUUUUUGUGACGCACUUAACGGUGAAGUCUGGUGCUUUUCAAAAAGACUUAACAACCCACAUGUUCGAUAUUGUAUAGCUAACAAUGCUAAACAUGCCGACGUUUUGCGUCUCUUUUGGGCGAACGUGCCACUGGGUUUCACGCAAAAUUCAUUUAGUUAAGUCAUCGUCACAUAUCGGCUACUCUCUGUCAAAUGUAUACUUUGGAAGAGGUCGUUACUCUCACGUUAAAGGGACGCGUGGUUUCGGUUCUCAACCACACAACUCGAAGGUGCCCGCAGCUGCAACUUGGGAGCCGAUAACAGAGGACCAGUUGCCACCGCCAACGCCAGUAACGGCCGAGCUGAUGGACAAACUGGAGCGUCUGGCCUUAGUGGACUUCCGCACCAAAGAGGGACUGGCCUGUUUAGAGAAGUCCAUCAGAUUUGCAGCGCAGCUUCAUGUUGUUGACACCUCAGGAGUUGAGCCGAUGGAUUCAGUUCUGGAGGACAGGAUUUUGCACUUGAGGGAGGACGCGGUGUUAGAAGGCAACCUUGCAGAAGAACUUCUGCAGCUCUCCAAAAACACAGUGGAGGAAUAUUACGUGGCACCACCAGGAAAUAUUCCCUUACCAAAAAGGGAGGAGCGGACUGCCAUGCUGAAACAUUCUGAAUUCUGAAGACUUGGAACUUGUUUUUCAGACUGAGGAAUACUGUCAUUAGCUUUGAUGUAUUUUCUCAGUACGUCGAUGUAUGAAAUUGGUAACGGCUAAUAUGACAAGCUGCUUGUAAUGCAUGUCGUUGAUUUUCAGUUUGUUGCAAAAAUGGAAGUACUUUGUCGCUGCUUGAUGAAGAAAUGCAAAGAGUAGUUUGUUUGACCAAUAGUGAUGUCUUGUUUGCAGAGAUGUGUUCCUCGAGCCGGUCCUCGAUCGAGCCGGUCCUCGAGGCCAAGGACCGGCUCGAGGACCGAGGGGCGGUCCUUGGUCCUUGGCCUUGGCCUCGGAUUGCCGGUCCUCGGACACAAUGAGGGAUUAGAGCCUCGAAACAUUUGUAUAAGGACCGCAAAAAUCACGAACGAAUCUAAUAAAUUCCAUUCAAGGAAUCCCAUAUUGGUGGUUUAACUCUGUCGCUUUAAGAGGGGCGGGUCUGCCACUGACAGUUAACAGUUAGCGCAACAUAUAAAGAGCGGCAUCACAGUUUCAAUCAUGGUUUGUUGCGUUCGCGAUCAGCAGUUUAAAUUGUGUGUAAAGCCUUUCUGUAACAGUGGUGUCUUUUAUUUAGUUAUUUUUGCACAGUCGUCACGUUUGUGCGGUCGCACUGGAAUGUUUGUUCGAACCAAGUAAUUUGCGUUAUAGUUGGAGUCAUUAAUGUCGGCACUUCACUUUCGGGUUUGGCCGUUAGGAUUUGGAGUCCUUUUGCUCGAUUCCAGUUAUGUUUGCUGAAUGCUUUUUCAUGUUUGGAAUAAUGAAUAUUGAUAAUACAUAGUUUAAAAUCAUGGUUGAUUUAAUUAUGAUUAUUGUGAAUUUGAAGGUAUUAAAUUCAUUAAUGUAGUAUUAGUGGGAGUGGUAAUAAUAGUAGUACUCAGAGAAUGUUUAGAGAUCAGCCAUCUCGUUACCUCUGCGUCCAGACGCAUCAUUUUCCCACCACAGUUCCAAACAAUGUGCGUUUUUGGGACGCAAGGAAAUUUCUCAGUCAAAACAGACAAACAAAAAAACUACGGCAAGCCUGAGGAUUUCACAGUAACAAUCGUUACCGGUAGCGUGUCGUUUCUGUGUUUUUCACGGUACCGAAAAAUAGUUUAAUUAUUAAAGUCAGAGCACUUGAAUUGACUGUGUGAUCCACGCGAUUUCACUGCGCCUGUAUGUGUGUUUGUGAUGUGGUGUGGUGUGUGAGUGUGUUUCUUCUAAUUUACUUUCGUUUUGUUUUGUUUUCAGUGUUGGGGGGCACACAACAGAUGACGUUAUGUGCGCAUGCGGGUUGUUAUUUUAGUCCGCAAACUGAGGAAUCACGCGGAUGAAAUUUUGA